AUGAACUUCUUCAAGACGAAACAGCGGACGCCACCUGACUUGGUUCGAGGCCUUCGAGAUGCGAUACCGAAGCUGGAAACGGGAGCCCCGGGGGGAGAAACGAGGAGGAAGGCAAACGAAGAUGUCUCGAAGAAUCUGCAACAAAUCAAGGCGAUUCUCUACGGGGACGGAGACCCCAUCCCUGAACUAGUGGCCCAACUUGCGCAAGAGACAUACUCGACCGACCUCUUACACUCAUUGGUAGUGAACAUAUCUAGAUUCGAAUUCGAGGCACGCAAAGACGUCGUGCAGAUCUUCAACAAUCUUCUGCGACGCCAAAUAGGAUCUCGCUAUCCGACUGUCGAAUACCUGUGCUCCAAACCCGAGAUUAUCUUCUCAACGCUGGGGGGGUACAAGAACGAAGAAGUAGCGCUGAACACGGGCAUGAUUCUGAAGGAGAUGUUGAGGCAUGAACAGCUUUGCAAGAUUCUCCUGUACUCCGACGAAUUCUACAAGUACCCCCAUUACAUCGAGAACACUACCUUCGGCAUAUCCUGCGAUGCAUUUGCCAACCUGAAAGAAACGCUGACUCGUCACAAACCUAUGGUGGCUGAGUACUUGGACAAGAAUUAUGAUCGAUUCUUUUCGUCUUACACGACUCUGAUACUCUCGAACAAUUAUGUAACGAAGCGACAGUCGCUCAAGCUACUCGGAGAGAUUCUUCUUGAUCGGGCUAACUUCAACGUCAUGACUCGUUACAUUGCCAACGAAGCCAAUCUCAAGAUGAUGAUGAAUCUUUUGCGAGAUAAGAGUAAGAAUAUACAAUUCGAAGCAUUCCAUGUAUUCAAGGUGUUCGUCGCGAAUCCGAAGAAACCGCCCCAGAUCGAAGUCAUUCUGCGCAGGAAUAAAGACAAACUACUUGUAUUCCUGAAGAAUUUCCAUAACGACAAAGAAGGUAAGCCUCUUGUCGACGAGAAACAGUUCCUUAUCGUUCAGAUACAAGGUCUUUGA